UCCCGCCCACUCCCACAAGAGCUCCGCUCCUGCCGCCGCCUCCACAUGCGCGCCCCACGCCUCUUGCUGCCCACGCUUUGCCGCCGCCUCGCUGCGUCUCGCCCCGCGCCGCCGCCGCCGCUGCCUCCCAGCGCGCCUGCGCGCCGCGAGCUUCACGCGGCGCCGCACCCCGCCAUGGCGCUGAGCCGCUUCGCGUACACGCGCGGCUUCGAGCGCGAGGACGCGUGCCUGCCCGACACGUGGGUGGUGGUGCGGCUCGACGGGAGAUCCUUCCGCAAGUUCGCUGAGGACCACGGGUUCGUGAAGCCCAACGACGCCCGUGGGCUGCGCCUCAUGGCGCACUGCGCGGCGCACGUGGUCACGGAGCUGGACGACCUCAUCCUGGCCUACGGGCAGAGUGACGAGUUCAGCUUCGUGUUCCACCGCAAAACCAACUGGUUCAAGCGAAGGGCCAGUAAGUUCAUGACGCAGGUGGCUUCGCUCUUCUCCUCGGCGUUCGUCUUCUACUGGGACAAGUUCUUCGCGCCGGAGCGGCUCCUCUACCCCCCAGCCUUCGACGGCCGCGUUGUGCUCUACCCCACAGAGCGGCAUCUGCGGGACUAUCUGAGCUGGCGCCAGGCCGACUGCCACAUUAACAACCUCUACAACACCGUGUUCUGGGCGCUGGUGCAGAACGGGGGCCUCACCACUACCCAAGCCCAGGAACGGCUCAAGCUGACGGUGGCGGCGGACAAGAAUGAAAUCUUGUUUUCAGAGUUCGGUAUCAACUACAACAAGGAGCCGUUGCAGUUCCGCAAGGGAACUACCAUCAUCUGGGAGAAGCAGGUGGUCUCCGGACACCAACUAAAGGAGACUGAAGCCGCUUCCCAUGGGGAAGCCGACCCAGGGAAAGGAGGUGUCAUUGAGAAGGAAUGCAGUGGCAGUCGAGACCUUGUGGACAGGUCUGCGGAUGAGCCCACGGCAGAGGGCAGUCCUGAACAGCGGCGGGAGCGCCCUUUGGGAAGCGGUGAUCGUGUCGGCGAGGUGGAGGAGUCCGUGUCUGCGAAGCGACCGAGCGAUGGUGAGCCAGCGGCGAGUUACGGCGUGGACGUUGAACCAAAUGCUGCAUCCGAUUCUGCGAGCCGGUGUGCGACUCCGGAAACCCCAACAGAGGGAAGGCGUGCCUCGCGGAAGGCCAAGGGAACGGACAAAAGGCAGGAACAGCAGCGCAAGGUGGUGAUGCUACACGAAGACAUCAUUGGGGAUUCUUUCUGGGAAAAGCACCCAGAUAUCCUCGCAGACUUUUCAAUAAAAAAUAGUAAAAGCCUCACGCUUACAAAAGUAACCAACUGAGGAAAAGUUCGACCGUAAAGAUCAACAACAAUACAUUAUGGAACAGCUUCAUUAUUCGGUCAGGAAAAUUUAUUAUUUUUAUUAAAAAAAAGUUUGUCGGCUUUAUUCUUAUCUUUGGACAUUGUGGCUCUGCUCUUCACGCAGCACGACUGCUGAUGCAAAAGAUUUCCACUGUUUUAUUUCACAAACUGUAUCUUGACAGCUCAUACACCAACAACCCAGCAGGCCAAUCGAGGAGCAUGGUUCACUUUGUUCUAUUAUCCACAGGUUUCCCAUCUCCAGCAGGAAUAGAUACCCAUAUGGACGGCAGAGUGCCAGCGCAGUGGUUACACUCGUGCCUCACAGCAAUAAGUUCCUGGGUUCAAUUCUUGGCUCGCGUGCCUUGCUGUGUGAAGUUUGUUCUCCCCCUAUUCAGUAUGGGUUUCCUCCAGGUUAUCUAGUUUCCUCCCAAAGCUAAAAAUAAACAUACCAUGCAACUGGGUUUGACCAAACAUCCCAAUGCUGAAAAAAUACCUCAAUUGGGAUUACACGCAGCAGAAAACAUCGCUCACUACUGCGAAAAACCUGGCAUGACCCUCCUGAAAAGUCUUGACUCAGGCCUUCCUGCGUAUACGAGUGCACGGUUCAUGGCUAUGUUGUUCAGUGACCAGGACACAGGGUUUCAAAGCCAAACCGCGGUUUAUUAUGACAUUUCUUUAAGGCGGCUGGCAAAGGAAAACAUGUUUUAGUGUACCACCAUUGAUAAGAACUCCCAGUGAGAAAAAUAGGCCCCUCAGGAGAACAGUCCCCUCUUAGAAGACAACAAUCUGAGCACUCACGCGACACAAGCAUCACGCGACACAAGCAUCGCGCGACACAAGCAUCGCGCCGCAGUCACGCACCACGUGUUGUUUUGCCCCAGCCCUGAGCAUGCCGGUUGCUCUGGAUCGACAGUCUCAUUAUGUUCACCACGCAUCUCCUCAGCUCCGAUUGCCUCUUGCUGCCUGACCCAGGUCCCCUGACUUUGAAGUAUUCGCCAACCUUCAACACCAAAUGCUAGAAGCUACUUGGCACAAUACUUGUCUAUUCGUCUUCUGUUCCAGUCAAUUACACUUAUAUAUUUAUAGCAGAUGGCCCCAUCUCUUAAGUCAAAGCUGUUAUAAAAUAAGAGUUGACCCAAGUAUCGGGAUGUUUUCCCACUGCUCCUUGGAACAGCAGCAGCACCACCUGCAUUGAUUUGACCGCAGCGACCUCUGCACUGCAGAGGCAAACCUCCAUGUAUGUGGGAUUUCCCCCAGACAAAGCUGAUGAGCACCUGUUAUUUGUAUUCUUCAUAUAUGGCCGGAGGUGUUAACGGUGGCAAGUUGGCACAGUCCUGCCUCAUAGCAAGGGGUUCCUCUGGGUUCGAUUACCAACUUGAGCACAUUUAUGUGUGGAGUAAUUUUUUUUAUUAACAAACGUGUUUGUAUCUUCAUUGCACUAACUAGUACAAGUUUCAGCACUUAAUGGUUUUUAUUUUAAACAUUUUGUUUACCUUUGCAUCUUACCGUUUAGCGAAAGUUUUCCUGAUAAAUCAGACUUGUCUUGGUGGUUUUUGAUCGCCACGUUUAGCAAAACGAAUAUAAAUUGCGCAUGCCUUUCCUUGUCUAGGUAUCAAAAUAUUAUUUUGGGCCAGAUUUGAGAGGCUAGACUCUUUCAAAACGGAAAUGAAAGCCAGUGUUUGAGCGUAGAACUAUGCGAGGGACAGGCUGAGGCAGGGGCCAGGCCGGCGGGGAGGCCGAAUGGAUGCGAAAUCGUGACAGGAUCAUCGCCACGGUGACGCGCAGCUCGUUGAGGGCAAAGUUCUGGCCAAUGCAGUUUCUGCAGAGAAAGAAGUCGGGAGCAAUGAGCACUCAAUAUACAGUGGAACAUAAACAAUGCGGCCUUUAGUGCAAUUGUGAACGAUAAGGUAUGUACCGACAGUCAAAGGCCAUUACACUGACAAACGUGUGUUGAAUACAGCUCUCUUAAAGCGGUGCAUUGCUUAGUUGCUUGUGCUGUAAAUGGCAUGACAGAAAACAGGUGUGUUAUGAUUUAAACAAUCAGAAUAGCAAAUAAACCAACAGCGCAAUACUUGGGAAGUGACAAGUCUUGACUAACAUUUGGCACUUUCCAACCCUUCCCAGCUCAGGUUGACUUAAUGCACGAGCUCUCCGUCUGUGUGUAGCAUUGGGUCAUGAUAAUCUAAGUGAAAUAUUUGUUUCAAGUUGUUUAGCUUGUCGGGACUCGGCAUAUAGAAACUACAGAUUUAAUUUCCCCUCGCAUGUCUUAACCAUGCUGCGAUAAUUCCACAAAUUUGGUUGACCAUUGAUCCUGCGCUCACUGAUUCUCACUUAUUGUUCGGUCACCGAUAAUCACUGUCAUGUCAUGAACGUUAGACUUUGAUGCCCAUGUCAAGCACUCAUUCUGGCAGAUUGACUCUUCCCUCUCAGCUGUAUUGUGUUCAUCCACUCCAUUGUAGGACAACUCUUCUCUUCCCGCUUCUUUCCUUGCACUGCUCUACUUUGGAACUCCCUCCAAUCAAUUUUUUUCCAAGUCGCUGUCAUCACCUCCCCUUUGCUUCGGCUGAUUUGCACCAACGGGAUCAAACUCACUUUUGCCAUGGUUCCUGUAACCUUGCUCCCAGAAUCAAGUUGUUUAUUUGGAUUUCAUACAAUCAAGUUGUUUCAUACAGAUCGCCCAGGGGUGCAACUAUGGGGGUAUGCAGCGUUAUGCGACGCAUUGGGGCCGAGUCAGCCACAAGGGGGGCCCGAAUCAACAGAUAAACAAGUAAAAACAUGUUAAGCAAAAUGAAAAAUAUAUAAUUAAAAAUUACCUGCGGUCUUGACCAUUGACCCAAGCCUGAUUAAUGCAUCUGGCUAUCAUAUCGAUAGAGCAGCAUCAAUUUUCACGAUCCACCCCCUUUGAGGAAAUCAUAGACCGACGGGGCCGGCAUGAAUGCAAGACGCACAAUAACUUAAUUGUGAGUUACCUUCAAAUAUAUUUUUUUAUAAAUAC